AUGAUGUUCUUCAGUAAGAAGAAGCUGCCUGAAGUAGAGCGGGUGGUAAAAGCCAAUGACCGUGACUACAAUGAGAAAUUCCAGUAUGCGGACAAUCGUAUCCAUACGUCCAAGUACAACGUUCUCACAUUCUUGCCAAUUAAUUUAUUUGAACAGUUCCAAAGAGUGGCGAAUGCCUAUUUCCUUUUUCUCCUGAUACUACAGCUCAUUCCAGAAAUCUCUUCCCUGACCUGGUUCACCACCAUCGUGCCUCUGGUCCUGGUGAUCUCCAUGACAGCUGUCAAGGAUGCUACCGACGACUAUUUUCGUCACCGGAGUGAUAAUCAAGUGAAUAACCGGCAGUCGGAAGUGCUCAUCAACAGCAAGUUGCAGAAUGAAAAAUGGAUGAACGUUAAAGUUGGAGACAUCAUUAAAUUAGAAAAUAACCAAUUUGUUGCUGCCGACUUGCUGCUCCUGUCAAGUAGUGAGCCACAUGGUCUCUGCUAUGUUGAAACAGCUGAGCUCGAUGGGGAAACAAAUCUGAAAGUCCGUCAAGCGCUACCUGUCACCUCAGAACUGGGAGCAGAUAUUAGCAGCCUCGCAAAGUUUGAUGGGACUGUCGUCUGUGAGGCACCUAACAACAAGUUAGACAAGUUCUCCGGAGUCCUCUCUUGGAAGGACAGCAAGCACACUCUCAGCAACCAGAAGAUAAUCCUGAGAGGCUGCAUCCUGAGGAACACCAGUUGGUGCUUUGGAAUGGUUCUUUUUGCAGGUCCUGACACUAAACUAAUGCAGAACAGUGGCAAGACAAAGUUUAAAAGGACAAGCAUUGACAGAUUGAUGAAUACCCUAGUCCUGUGGAUUUUUGGAUUUCUGGUAUGCUUGGGAAUUAUUCUCGCAAUAGGAAAUUCAAUCUGGGAGAGUAAAACUGGAGCCCAGUUCAGAACUUUCCUCUUUCGGAGCGAAGGCGAGAAGAGUUCCUUGUUCUCAGGAUUCUUAACUUUCUGGUCAUACGUUAUCAUCCUCAACACACUUGUGCCCAUUUCGUUAUAUGUGAGCGUGGAAGUAAUCCGCCUGGGACACAGUUAUUUUAUAAACUGGGACCGGAAGAUGUAUUACACCACCAAGGCAAUGCCUGCCGAGGCCCGGACAACCACACUCAAUGAAGAACUGGGCCAGAUUGAAUAUAUUUUCUCCGACAAAACAGGAACUCUCACUCAAAAUAUCAUGACUUUCAAAAAAUGUUCCAUCAAUGGGAGAGUCUACGCAGGUGAAGUACUAGAUGACCUGGGCCAGAAGAAAGAAAUAACUAAGAAAAGGGAGGCUGUGGACGUCCCAGGCAAAUCUCAGUCAGAAAGAGUGCUUCAUUUCUCUGACCACAGUCUGAUGGAAGCCAUUGACCUGGGGGACCCCAAAGUGCAUGAAUUCCUUCGCUUGCUUGCUCUCUGCCACACUGUAAUGUCAGAGGAGGACAGUGCAGGACAGCUGGUUUACCAAGUUCAAUCACCCGAUGAGGGAGCUCUAGUUACUGCUGCUAGAAAUUUUGGGUUUGUUUUCAAGUCUCGGACCCCAGAGACAAUAACAGUGGAAGAAUUGGGAACACCUGUUACUUAUCAGUUACUUGCCUUUUUGGAUUUCAACAACAUCAGGAAAAGGAUGUCUGUCAUAGUUCGAAAUCCAGAAGGACAGAUAAAACUUUAUUCCAAGGGAGCAGACACUAUUUUGUUUGAGAAACUCCAUCCUUCCAACAAAGACCUGCUGUCUUUGACGUCAGACCAUCUCAGUGAAUUUGCAGGCGAAGGCCUUCGCACUUUGGCAAUUGCUUAUAGAGAGCUUGACAACAAAUACUUUAAAGUGUGGCAGGAGAUGCUCGAAGAUGCAAAUGCCGCCACCACGGAGAGGGAUGAAAGGAUAUCUGGGCUCUAUGAAGAAAUUGAAAGAGAUUUGAUGCUACUAGGUGCCACUGCUGUAGAAGAUAAGUUACAAGAAGGUGUUAUUGAAACAGUUACAAGUCUAUCACUAGCCAAUAUUAAGAUCUGGAUUCUAACAGGAGACAAACAAGAGACUGCCAUUAAUAUUGGUUACGCCUGCAACGUGCUGACGGACGCCAUGGAUGCCGUGUUUGUGAUAGCGGGGAACACAGCUCUAGAAGUACGACAUGAGCUCAGGAAAGCCAAGGAAAAUUUGUUUGGACAAAACACGAGUUUUUCCAAUGGACAUGUACUUAAUGAAAGUAAGCAGCAGCUGGAGCUGGACUCGGGUGCAGAAGAAGCGGUAACUGGAGACUAUGCCUUAGUCAUAAAUGGCCACAGUUUGGCCCAUGCCCUAGAAAGUGAUGUGGAGAACGAUCUUUUGGAACUCGCCUGCAUGUGCAAAGCUGUGGUUUGCUGCAGAGUCACCCCACUCCAGAAAGCCCAAGUAGUGGAGCUGGUCAAAAAGCACAGGAACGCUGUAACUUUGGCUAUCGGCGAUGGGGCCAAUGACGUCAGCAUGAUUAAAAGUGCUCACAUUGGCAUUGGCAUCAGCGGCCAGGAAGGCCUGCAAGCAGUCUUGGCCAGUGACUACGCUUUGGCUCAGUUUAAGCAUCUCCAGCGGCUGCUUCUUGUUCACGGAAGGUGGUCCUACUACAGGAUGUGCAAGUUUUUAUGCUAUUUCUUCUACAAGAACUUUGCCUUCACCCUCGUGCAUUUCUGGUUUGCCUUCUUCUGUGGUUUCUCGGCACAAACUGUUUAUGACCAGUGGUUCAUCACUCUUUUUAACAUCGUUUACACAUCACUACCUGUUUUAGCCAUGGGGAUAUUUGACCAGGAUGUGAGUGACCAGAACAGCAUGGACUAUCCUCAGCUCUACGAACCUGGACAACUGAAUCUACUUUUCAACAAGCGUAUCUUUUUCAUCUGUAUGGCACAUGGAAUCUACACUUCGUUAGCCCUUUUCUUCAUUCCCUAUGGGUCCUUUUACAACGUGGCUGGAGAAGACGGGCAGCACAUUGCUGACUACCAGUCCUUUGCGGUUACCAUGGCCACAUCUUUGGUCAUUGUGGUCAGUGUACAGAUAGCCUUGGACACCAGUUACUGGACGGUGAUUAAUCAUGUCUUUAUCUGGGGCAGUGUGGCUACGUAUUUCUCCAUUUUACUGGCCAUGCACAGUAACGGCGUCUUUAGAAUCUUCCCGCACCAGUUCCCCUUUGUCGGAAACGCAUGGCACUCCUUGAGUCAGAAGUUCGUCUGGCUUGUUGUUCUCUUGAUCGCAGUGGCUUCGGUCAUGCCGGUGGUGGCAUUCAGAUUUCUGAAGAUGUAUUUGUACCCAAGCCUAAGUGAUCAGAUCCGCAGGUGGCAGAAGGCUCAGAGAAAGGAAAGGCCCAUCCGAAGCCGAAGGCCUCAGACCCGCAGGUCAAGCUCCAGAAGAUCCGGGUACGCGUUUGCUCACCAAGAGGGCUACGGAGAGCUCAUCACAUCUGGAAAAAAUAUGCGAGCUAAAAAUCCAGCCCCGACAUCAGGGCUGGAAAAGAUGCUUUACAACAACACGAGCUGGAUUGAAAAUUUAUGUAAGAAAACCACAGACAUGGUGAGCGGCUUUAGUCACGAUAAGACAGUGAAACUGUGA